UACUUUAUUUUGAAAGUCGUUACAGGAAGCUGUGAGCCUAGAUCGUGGUUAACUUGCCGUGAUGAAGCAGCUGAGAUUACAUCCUCGUCUCCGUGGGAUGAUGGUGGAUUAUAGCAUCAUUUGUCCGUGUUAGAGCAGGACAGCAGCUCCUCUACAGACCUUUAAAUGUGUGAUGGUCAGAGACAGCCCGGUUCGGCUCGGCUCGGCUCUGUUCGUCUCUGCUCGGUUCCAGAUGUUCCAGCUGAGGAUGUAGAGGCUGUGAUGGUUGUCAGUGAUGUGACGGGCUGAUUUUGGCUGGUUUAUGUCUUUAUUUCCGGUUAAUGAUGAGUGUGAAGGAGACAGCGUCGCUCCGGCAGCAGCUCAGCUCCGGUAAUAACUCGGUCAGCAGCUCGGACUGGGACUUGGCCAACGACGUAUUUGUGUCCGGCUAUGAUGACUCUCCUUCGGGACACGGCCUCUCUGCUGCCGGCCUCUCUCAGCCCUUACCCCGUGAUGAGGGCAUGAUGCUGGGCCUGCCCGAGGACGAGUACCCGGGCUCCUCCUACCUCUCCAUGGACCCGGACUUCACAGAUGGGGACGGCGGCACCGUGUGCUCCAAGAAGCGGAUCCGCUCAAACAGCUCCCGGCCCCGCGGGGACAUCGUGACGGAGCUGGGCCCGGAGGAAGUCCGCUGGUUCUACAAAGAGGACCGGAGGACCUGGAAGCCGUUCGUCGGACACGAUUCUCUAAAGAUCGAAACCGUGUACCGGAGGAUCUGUACCGAGACAGAGAAAAGGAGGACCAGUGAGCUGAACGGGUCCAUGAAGACCGAGAACCCCGCUGAAGAGGCAGUCAGAACCGGGGAGGGACGAGGGGACGAGCCGGGGGAGCAGCCGGGGGGAGAGCAGAGCAGCUCAGUGUCUGAGGAGGAGAAAGAGGAGGUGAAGGAGGAGGAAGAGGAGGUGGCGACGGAGGCAGUCUGUGUCCGAGGAGGACUCUACGAGGUGGACAUCCGGGACAAAGAGUGCUACCCGGUCUACUGGAACCAACAAGACCGGAUCCCUGUGAUGAGGGGACAGUGGUUCAUCGACGGGACAUGGCUCCCUCUGGAGGAGGACGAGAGCGACCUCAUCGAGGCCGAACACUUGGCCCGUUUCCGGGGCCAACAGAUGCGGGACACCUACGAGAUGGAGGUGGUGACAACCACGGUGGACAGCAAGGACGCCAUUCACAGCCUGAAGCUCAGCAGAAGUCACGUUGACUGGCACAGCGUGGACGAGGUUUACCUCUAUAGCGACGCCACCACCUCCAAGAUCGCUCGCACUGUCACACAGAAACUGGGCUUUUCUAAAGCCUCCAGCAGUGGGACGCGGCUCCAUCGAGGAUAUGUGGAGGAGGCAGCGCCUGAGGACACGCCCCCUGAAACCACACACAUUGUGUUUGUGGUGCAUGGGAUCGGACAGAAGAUGGACCAGGGACGCAUCAUCAGGAACACCAGCAUGAUGAGAGACGCGGCGAGGAAGAUGGAGGAAAAACACUUCUCUGACCGCAGCACGGAGCAUGUGGAGUUUCUCCCAGUGGAGUGGAGGUCAAAGUUGGCUCUGGAUGGAGACACAGUGGACUCCAUCACCCCAGAUAAAGUACGUGGACUCAGAGACAUGUUGAACAGCAGUGCCAUGGACAUCAUGUACUACACCAGCCCGCUCUACAGAGACGAGAUCACCCGUGGUCUGACCCUGGAGUUAAACCGCCUCUACUCACUUUUCUGUUCGAGGAAUCCAGACUUCGAGAAGAACGGGAAGGUGUCCAUUGUGUCCCACUCGCUUGGCUGCGUUAUCACAUACGACAUCAUGACGGGCUGGGACCCUGUACGCUUUCAUUAUCAGGAGGCCCCUGACCCUGAGGAGGCCAAGGCCCGCUGGCCAAGUGAUCAGGAGCGCUGCCUGCAGGAGGAGCUGAGACUUACCCACCUCAGGCUGAGGGACCUGGAGGAUCAGUUUGAGCGUGUGCAGACGUCCUUGUGUGUUUCAGUUCCUGCCCUGAAGUUUAAGGUAGAAAACUUCUUCUGUAUGGGCUCUCCUCUGGCUGUGUUCCUCGCCCUGAGGGGGAUCAGACCGGGUAACCACGGCGUGCAGGACCACAUCCUCCCUACGACCAUCUGCAGACGCCUUUUUAACAUCUUCCACCCUACAGAUCCUGUGGCUUAUAGACUGGAGCCUCUGAUCUUAAAGCACUACAGUAACGUCGCUCCUGUCCAGAUCCACUGGUAUAACACCACCAGCCCGACUCCAUAUGACCAGAUCAGACCCACACUGCUCAACAUGCCCAAGGAAACUGCGUCUGUGUCCGACUCCGAGAGUAUCCCCAGCCCCUGCACCUCGCCACCGCAGGCCCGACGGCACUACGGAGAGUCCAUCACCAGCCUGGGCAAAGCCAGCAUUAUGGGUGCGGCGAGUAUUGGGAAGGGAAUUGGAGGGAUCCUCUUCUCCCGGUUUUCACGCUCCAGUGGCCAGGUGGGUGGGGUGGAAGAGGAGCCUUCUGACUGUGAGGGCGGGGCUUCUGAGGCAGAAAAUGUGGCGGCAGGAGAAGAAGGAGCCACGACAGCAGAGAACGAAGAGAAAGACAAACAGAUAGAGGAGGAGAGGAGAGAGCCAGAGCCUGUCAUGUCUCAAUCCACAUCAGCCAUCUUGGACAGCUCUUCAGUCGAGCUGGAAAGACGCAUCGACUACGAGCUGAGAGAGGGUUUGGUAGAGAGCCGCUAUUGGUCAGCAGUGACGUCACAUACAGCCUAUUGGUGCUCCUACGAUGUGGCUCUAUUCCUGCUCACCUUCAUGUACAGACCACAGGAACAUCCAGAACCUUCAGAGGACAGCCCAGACACCACAUAACAGGAGGAGGGGUGUUAUAACAUGUAGAGGAGCAUGAGAGACAUCACAACAAGAGACUCGUCUCUACAACAAGAGACACAUCACUACAACAAGACACACAUAACUACAACAAGAGGCACGACAUUAAAACAAGAGACACGACACUACAAGAGACAUGUCACUACAACAUAAGACACGUCACUACAACAAGACACACAUAACUACAACAAGAGACACGUCACUACAACAAGACACACAUAACUACAACAUAAGACACAUCACUACAACAAGAGACAUGACACUACAUAAGGAGACACGUCACUGCAACAAGAGACACGUCACUACAACAAGACACACAUAACUACAACAAGAGACACGUCACUACAACAAGAGACACGACAUUAAAACAAGAGACACGUCACUACAACAAGAGACACGUCACUACAACAAGAGACACGUCACUACAACAAGAGACACGACAUUAAAACAAGAGACACGUCACUACAACAAGAGACACGUCACUACAACAGAGGCACGUCACUACAACAAGACAAACAUAACUACAACAAGAGACACGACAUUAAAACAAGAGACACGUCACUACAACAAGAGACACGUCACUUCAACAAGACACACGUCACUACAACAAGGGACACGUCACUACAACAAGGGACACGUCACUACAACAAGAGACACGUCACUACAACAAGAGACACGUCACUACAACAAGAGACACGUCACUACAACAAGAGACACGUCACUACAACAAGAGACACGUCACUACAACAAGAGACACGACAUUAAAACAAGAGACACGUCACUACAACAAGAGACACGUCACUACAACAAGACACACAUAACUACAACAAGAGACACGUCACGACAACAAGACACACAUAAUUACAACAAGAGGCACAUCUCUACAACAAGACACACAAAACUACAACAAGAGGCAUGUCACUUCAACAAGACACACGUCACUACAACAAGAGACACAUAACUACAACAAGAGACACGUCACUACAACAAGACACACAUAACUACAACAUAAGACACAUCACUACAACAAGAGACAUGACACUACAUAAGGAGACACGUCACUGCAACAAGAGACACGUCACUACAACAAGACACACAUAACUACAACAAGAGACACGUCACUACAACAAGAGACACGACAUUAAAACAAGAGACACGUCACUACAACAAGAGACACGUCACUACAACAAGAGACACGACAUUAAAACAAGAGACACGUCACUACAACAAGAGACACGUCACUACAACAGAGGCACGUCACUACAACAAGACAAACAUAACUACAACAAGAGACACAUCUCUACAACAAGACACACAAAACUACAACAAGAGGCAUGUCACUUCAACAAGACACACGUCACUACAACAAGGGACACGUCACUACAACAAGGGACACGUCACUACAACAAGAGACACGUCACUACAACAAGAGACACGACAUUAAAACAAGAGACACGUCACUACAACAAGAGACACGUCACUACAACAAGAGACACGUCACUACAACAAGAGACACGACAUUAAAACAAGAGACACGUCACUACAACAAGAGACACGUCACUACAACAAGACACACAUAACUACAACAAGAGACACGUCACGACAACAAGACACACAUAAUUACAACAAGAGGCACAUCUCUACAACAAGACACACAAAACUACAACAAGAGGCAUGUCACUUCAACAAGACACACGUCACUACAACAAGAGACACGUCACUACAACAAGAGACACGUCACGACAACAGAGGCACGUCACUACAACAAGAGACAUGUCACUACAACAAGAGACACAUAACUACAACAAGAGACACGUCACUACAACAAGACACACAUAAUUACAACAAGAGACAUGUCACUACAACAAGAGACACAUCUCUACAACAAGACACACAAAACUACAACCAGAGGCAUGUCACUUCAACAAGACACACGUCACUACAACAAGAGACACGUCACUACAACAAGAGACACGUCACUACAACAAGAGACACAUCUCUACAACAAGACACACAAAACUACAACCAGAGGCAUGUCACUUCAACAAGACACACGUCACUACAACAAGAGACACAUCUCUACAACAAGACACACAAAACUACAACCAGAGGCAUGUCACUUCAACAAGACACACGUCACUACAACAAGAGACACGUCACUACAACAAGAAACACGUCACUACAACAAGAGACACGUCACUACAACAAGAGACACGUCACUACAACAGAGGCACAUCACUACAACAAGACACACAAAACUACAACAAGAGGCAUGUCACUUCAACAAGACACACGUCACUACAACAAGAGACACGUCACUACAACAAGAGACACGUCACUACAACAAGAGACACGUCACUACAACAAAAGACACGUCACUACAACAAGAGACACGUCACUACAACAAGAGGCACAUCUCUGCAACAAGACACACAAAACUACAACAAGAGACACGUCACUACAACAAGACACACGUCACUACAACAAAAGACACGUCACUACAACAAGAGACACGUCACUACAACAAGAGGCACGUCACUACAACAAGAGGCACAUCUCUACAACAAGACACACAAAACUACAACAAGAGGCAUGUCACUUCAACAAGACACACGUCACUACAACAAGAGACACGUCACUACAACAACAGACACGUCACGACAACAAGACACACAUAAUUACAACAAGAGACAGUUCACUACAACAAGAGACACGUCACUGCAAAAAGACACAACACUACAACAUGUCAGUAACAAACUUCUGACUUCAUUCUUAUGCCUCUUACUUCUCCGUAAAUACUGUCCACUGGUUACUAAGUUACCAGUUCUGGCCCCCUUCAGCCCUCCUGAAUCUCCUAUCCUCUCUUUGUCAUGUGACUUCAUUGUUCAUGUUUACGGAUCAGAGCUUUGAGUUAGCUAGCACAACGCUAGUUUGACUAUAGGCCUUUUGAUAGGGUUCAAUAACUAUUCAACAAUGAGUAUGUCAACUCUGAUAAUUUAUUACCAAUUCAUAGUUUUCAGUGACAUGACCAGCAUGCAGGCCUAGAGGGCAAAAAGAGUGUAGAACAGUAACAGCUAACACUGGCCACCAUGUGGCGCUGCAGCACCAGGACUAUUAAUCCCCAAAUAGAGUCAUAUCUGUGGUAUUAUAGUUAAAUCUUAACAAAUCACUAAAAUAUAAAAAUCACUUGAGUUAACUGAAACUAAAAUGAUCUAGGCCUCACAAAAAAGUAACAACGCACCUAAAACUGCCAGGUAUGCAAACAAACUCAGCACAUGCAUUCACACAUAAGCCUGAGCCAGUAGACUCUAAAAACAUUGGUUAAAAGUGACAUAGAUUGGACAAGAUUUAAAGACUAAUGAAAAACAGUUAAAAAAGGCAAAAUGGGCAGAAAAUGGUGAAAAGUGGUUAAAAAUUGACACAAAUUGGUUAAAAGAGGUAAUAAUGGGGUUUAAGCAGCAUAAAUUGGUAAAUAAUACUAAGUAGUGGCUAGAGACAAAAAUGGGUUAAGACCAUGAACUGACCUAUGAGCCUGAGCAAGGACUGUAAAAUGGUGCAAUUUCAUUGGUCAGAACCUGGCACAGUGGAUGUUUUAGGUCUUGAUUUGUAUUUAAAUGUCAAAUUUGAGUGAAUGACAUGAAAAAUAAGGAGAAGGUGAUUUUUAUAUAUUUUGAAACUGUAUGAUGCCUUCUUUCUCCAGCCUUUAGGGCACCUAAUAAUUAUCCCAUAGUACUGAAAAACUAAAACUACUGAAAACUAAAGUCACACCAAUCAUUUAACCAAUAAAAUCUCAAUUAAACCAACUAAACUGAAACUUAAAAAGAAAAGUGAAUAUAAAAUAAAAUUCAACACUAAUAAAACCUUGAUGGAACAUCUCAUGAAAGCUAUGAAUACAGUUUUAUUUAUUUAUUUAAAUUUAUUUAACCUUGUUCCAGUACUGUUACUCUGAUUUUAAUGCCACCUGCAUGCUGGACAGUGAGCUCUGCUGUUGGCUAGCCUGAGAGCAGCAGUGCAUUGUGGGUAUGACCAAUAUGCUGGGUGUGUCAUACACCAUGACUCCAGAAUGUACUCAGACAUGGGGGCACAAUUAUAGGACGUGGUCUGAUCUCUCUUCCCUGUUAACACAUCUGUGAUGUGAUCCUUCUGCUCGUCAGGACCCCUGGACUUUACGACUUGUUAAGUUUGCUUGGCCACACCCCAUGGUUCACCUGUUAAGCACCUAUGCAGGUGUGCUAUCGCCCUCACAGGAGCAGACUUUCCUAGAUGGACCGGGCUUUCAGGAGGGGCCUUAAAAGGACCAUCUAAGAUGGUGGAGUCGGACUUUAUUAUGACUUAUUUUUAUUUUUAUAUCAGUGCUGCGUGUUUGGACGUGUCCACAGAUAAGACAGGUGAGCCGGACAGAGAAUGAAGCAGCUUCUUCACCUGCAUGAUGACCAGACUGCUCGCUCCAGGUGGAUUUGCUUUGCUUUGUUCUCACAUUAGCUUACUUGGACUUCACACAGAAACUUCACCAAGAGCCUGGCAGGAAAAAAAUCAGAAGACUUGCUUUAUUAGUGUUGCCACCUGCAGAUAAUGCUGAGGAAGUUGGGACAUUUCAGAUUUAAGUGAACUCAGAGAGACUGAACCAGCGGACUGUCACUGUGCUGCUCCAUGUGGAGCCAAACAACCUCAGUGCUCGUUCUACAUCUGACCUCAUGUUCGUCAUAAACAUGGUUCAGUUUUUAUUCUCAUGGCUCAGAUAACAUCAUACAGACCAGAAGGACUGGUGGAAGAAGGCUAAUCAUACAGUGGCUGUUGGAAAGGACCAGACUAUGAGUUAUCUAGGGGUCUGGUUCAUCGGUAAGGGUUGAUAAGGGGUGAGACUGACAGAUGUACUAAUGCUCCGUUUCUGUUAGCGUCAGGGUCAAAAUAAAGCUGAGUGUCAAGGCAAGGCUCUUUACCAACCAAGUGUCCUACUAUCCAGCCCUCACCUGAGGUCAUAACCUUUAGGAAGUGAUUGAAAAAAAAAUUAGAGUAUCAAACUCGUUGAGAUGUAACAGUAAUUUUGUUUGUCCAGAAUAAGAACAGUUCAAACAUCACAGUACAGCCAUCACAGUUCUACCAUCACAGUUUAA